AUGGAGAUUGAACAGGUCCGUCGCGACGAGGCUGAUUCAAUGUUCCGGGAUACCACAGCCAAGAUAUGUUCCAAAAGGUCUACCCUCUCCUCCCUUCAAUCUGCCAAUACUGCGCUCCGAUUUGAGAUAGCAAACCUUAGGGCCGAGCGCGACGAACUCGUAGCCGAGAGGAAGGAACCAUCCGACUUGCAACAGGAACAUAACGAAGAAGUCGAAGCGUUGCAAGGAACGCUUGUCCGGACGAAGAAGGGGCUUGAAGGAACUAGGAGAGAGCUUAGGACAUUGGAGAGCGCGGCUGCAUCUACCGAUUCCUUGACCGAAGAUCAGAGCAUCACGAUGAGCGAAUGCCUCACGCUCGCUUACGCAGAGGUCGAAGACAUCAAGCAGCUUCUUGCGCAGCGUUCGGAUCUCUGGGAUCAAGUCGACUCGUCCAAGAGCGCCUGCCACAAGCUGGACGAGGAAAACAAGAAGUACUUUCACCAGCGGAGAAGCGAACAAGUCAGUUGCUUUGUCUCUUUGCUGUGGUUGGCGUUAACACUACUCCUCGUCAAGGAAUCGCGAUUUCAGUCAUCGAAGAGGAGGAAGGGCCCGAAGUUGCAACUCGAGCCAUAUCCGAAGUUUCGCCGGCUGCUCAGGCCCUGCCGUCGUUCGGCAUUUGAAAAUGACACUGACGACGAGUCCAUCGCUUCUUCAACCUCCUACACCUCAUACAUCAGUCCCGUCCUCACUACCUUCUCCUCCCUCAUCACCCCUUCUCCCUCUUUUACAAUGCCCUCUUGGGUUCCGUGUUUUGACUCAGAUUGCACGAAUCUCGCAUUCGAAGUUGUUUCGGAUUCAGCCCUCACGUACGCGAUUUCCGCCUCUGUUGUCGUCCCUCUUGACGAAGCAUCCCAAAAGCGGAAGUUCACUCUGGAUCUGGACGAUGCGACGCCCAAGACUCGUCGUAAGCACGAACAUCGUUGA